CCACCCCAAAGACACCAGGCGGGACCUGUCGGUGCCGACCGUCAACACGCCGUUCAACAUUCUUGGCCGUCUCGAGACUCAGCUGUGCUGACCACUGCCGGAACCCAACUGUCAACUGCGACCAGCCCGCACUCUAGGUGCUAUGCCGACGGGCUAGCCCGACUAUGGCUGACUGCCCAGCACCUGGUGCAGUCCGACCUCAAGUAACAGGCCCCAUGAAUGUCCAAAGUCGACCUACCCAUGGCGGGCCAACGCCAUCGCCAGACUAUCGCCAGGCAAAGGUCGAGCCUCUUGAGAACCAAACGCUACUCUGCGAUAUAGCAUACUUCAAUCCAGAACAGUGUCCGAAGACGACGUUUUCGCACGAGUAUCAUCAACAGCCAUCUCCAGAUUCAACCGCGCCUCGCAGUAGGGGCAGCACUCAGCCUUCGGCCUCUCCUUCAGGGACAGCCCCAGCCCCCAAGCCGUUGACAUUCAAGGAGUUUGUGUCACCGGCGGCAGCGCGUAAAUCGAAGCAUGAGAGACAUUCACGACAAGAAUGGGACUCACGUAAAGAUGUCAUCCACAAGCUUUACAUCGAAGAAGGUCGACCGCUUCGCGACGUGAUGAAGAUUAUGGAAUCCCGAGGGUUCAAGGCAACGUGAGCACCCGCCUGAAAGGUCGAGCGUCUGCGCAGAGAUGGUCAGAGCUGAUCAACGGCUAUGUGACAGGACGAAAAUGUACAAGCUACGUU